AUGGUUUUCCUCUCUGGGAACUCAUCCGACUGUUCCAACUGCACCCACUCUGCAGGGCCCGUGAACAUUUCCAAGGCCAUUUUGCUGGGUGUUAUUCUAGGGGGGCUGAUCAUUUUUGGAGUUUUGGGUAACAUUUUGGUUAUCCUCUCUGUAGCCUGCCACAGGCAUCUUCAGAGUGUCACCCACUACUAUAUAAUUAAUCUGGCUGUAGCCGACCUCCUCUUGACAUCCACUGUCCUGCCCUUCUCUGCUACUAUGGAGAUUUUGGGCUACUGGGUCUUUGGGAGGAUCUUCUGCAACAUCUGGGCAGCUGUUGAUGUCCUUUGCUGCACUGCUUCCAUUAUGAGCCUCUGCAUCAUCUCGAUAGACAGAUACAUCGGGGUGAGCUACCCACUGCGUUACCCCAGCAUAGUGACGGAGAAGAGAGGCCUCCUGGCUCUCCUGUGUGUGUGGGCGUUGUCUCUGGUCAUCUCCAUUGGACCUCUUUUUGGAUGGAAGGAACCAGCACCCGAAGAUGACACCAUCUGCCAGAUCACCGAAGAGCCCGGCUACGUGCUGUUCUCCGCGCUGGGCUCCUUCUACCUCCCCCUGACCAUCAUCCUGGUGAUGUACUGCCGAGUGUAUGUCGUGGCCAAAAGGGAAAACAAAGGUUUGAGGUCAGGGCUGAAGAUGGAGAAAUCUCGUUCCGAAGCAGUGACCCUCCGGAUCCACCGCAAAAACGCUCCCGAAACGAGCGGGGCCACGGCCAGCUCUAAGAGCAAGCAUCACUUCUCAGUGCGUCUCCUCAAGUUCUCCAGGGAAAAGAAAGCAGCCAAGACCCUGGGAAUUGUAGUGGGAUGUUUUGUUCUGUGCUGGCUUCCAUUUUUUGUAGUCAUGCCUCUCGGUUCUUUCUUUCCUACAAUCAAACCCCCGGACACACUUUUUAAAAUAACAUUUUGGCUUGGAUAUUUAAACAGCUGCAUCAACCCCAUCAUCUAUCCAUGCUCGAGUCAAGAGUUUAAGAAAGCGUUCCAAAAUGUCCUGAGAGCGCAGUGCCUCCCAAGAAAGCAUGCAGCAAAGAAGCAAUCCCCAAGCUUCAACCUCAAUCAUCCCAACACCCAAAGCAUGGGAGGUGGCAAAGGUGUGGUCCGUAUCCCCGUCGGCUCAGGAGAAACCUUCUAUAAGAUUUCCAAAUCCGAUGGGGUCUGUGAAUGGAAGAUAUUCUCCGCCGUGCAAAGCAUGCCGGCAAAAAAUGCGAUUCCUAAAGACAAGUCCAGCUGUAACACUGCCAAAGUGAAAAGCAAAGGUUUCCUCCAGGAGUGCUGCUGUGCGGGCACUUCAGGGAACGCGGUCCAUGAAAACUGCAAAGUGCCCACCAUUAAAAUACACACCAUGACCCUCAGCGAGAACGGGGAGGAUGUCUAAAGGCUCUGCCAAUGUGAGGUCGCUCCCAUUUUAUUGGGAUUAUCCAUUUUGUUGGGGAUUGAAGUAGAUGCUAUAGCAGUUGA